AUAAGACUCGUUAAUAAGACUUUCGUUAGUUAAAUUACAGUUAAAGUAAAGCAAGUCAAAGGUGACUAAUACCCAAUGGAAGAAGCCGCGGCAAAAUGUAUUGCGUCGGUGAUUUACUCUGCCCGCAAGGGGGCAAUGGAAGGUAAAUAGCCAAGAAUGCACAGGAUAAAUACAUUUCCAGGGUAGUGGAGUAUGCAUAGCUAUUGGAUCUCGUAAACAUGGUCUCUUAAGAAAGUCAGCAUUAAAUGUAAAAACUACAGAAAACGUAACAAUCUUAUGUAUUACGUAUUGUAAACAGAAAACUGAUGCCGAAUGGUCCGUUUAAAUGCCCGCCAUUAACAAUAAUAGUAUUCUCUUUUUACAUUUAGUCGUAUAAUAAAUAGUUGGAUCCUGCUUUACAAUUCUGGCAUGCACCAGGAGUGGCUCGAUAAUCGGCUUAAAAAACGCGUCGACGAUACUCAUAGUUAAUCAUCUUUUAGCUCUCACCGCACCCAAAUCUUUCGGCGUUGAACGAUCAGCUACAAAAAUAUAAUGCUAUCCUGCCGUUCUGCUUUAUUAGCCUAAAAAGACUUUGUUUUUUAAUCUAUGCACAUUAAAGGGCAAGUGCAGGUCAUUUAAAAAGCAGAACGCAAACCGCAGUUUCUGCAGGAUUGAACCCAAAGUGGGUGCACCUAUAUCAUGCAAUCCUCUGCACUGUUUCUUCUUAUCCAUUUUGCAGGACAUUAUUUUUCCCCCAAAUGUAAUUGAUUCAGUCCAAGGAUGUCGAAACUGUAAAUGUGCCCAGGGCUGUAAUUCUUGCGUUUAUGAACUCAUCCUGACCGUAGGCGUGGUUAGGUCGCCGUGGUCGUGUUCCCCGGCUUCUCACUGGCUUCCAUUUGCGUGUCCUCCUGACUUCAUUGGACAGUGGGGUGCAGCUUUGGGUGAAUUCGGAAAAGUGAGGGGACCCUAUCUUACGUUCUGUUCUGCGUUUAAUCGGACCGAGAGUCAUUCCCAUCUUGGUCUUUUUUCCCUUCCUUCCUUUUUGCUGCGUUUUUGCAGGUUUUCAAUAUGAUGAAGUUUAGGUUCAAACGGCAAGGGAACGAUACCCAGCGAGAAAAAGCGAAACAGGAUGUCUUUGCGUUUAACAAGCAGACAGUUGAGCACGGGUUUCCAAGUCAACCCAGUGCCCUGGCUUAUGACCCCAUCUUACGACUCAUGGCUAUUGGUACAAAGUCCGGAGCAGUAAAAAUAUAUGGUUCACCAGGGGUGGAGUUUGGGGGCCGCCAUGUCCCGGGGGGUGCGGUUACACAGAUGCACUUUCUCCUUGGACAGGGCCGGCUCCUCUGCCUGCUGGACAAGAACACGCUGCACCUUUGGGAGAUUAGCCCAGGAGACAAGGGCUCAUCCCUGGAUAAGACCCUCAGCAUCACUCUUCCUGGGCGACCAGGUGUUGAGGGUGUCAGGGCCUCCCGUGUGACCACAUUGCUGCCAACACGUCGCUGCGACCUUCUGUGCAUGGGCACGGAGGGCGGGGCUGUCCGCACCCUGGCAUUGCCCAGCCUGGCUGCACUGGAGGCACGGAUGCUGCUCCAGGACCAGGUCCUGCAGAGGCGAGUCUCUGGUGUACCCGAUGAGUACAAAUGUGGCAGGUCCUUGGGGCCUGUGGAAUCCCUUCAAGAGCACCCACGAUAUCCUGGGAAGAUCCUCAUUGGUUACAGCAGAGGUCUGGUGGUGCUGUGGGACCUGAACACAUGGCAGUUGGAUGCUCUCUUUCUAGGGAACCAGUCACUGGAGAGCCUGUCCUGGGAACGAAGUGGCAGGAACUUCGUCAGCUCGCACAGCAACGGCAGCUAUGUAUUGUGGGCCGUCGGUGGCAGCAGAUGUCCUCCUGUGUGCCGGCCCAUGUCCUGUACCAGGCCAUACGGCCCCAGCCCAUGCAAAGCCAUCAGCAAGAUCCUCUGGAGGACGUCAGAGUCAGGAAUUCCCCUAGUUCUCUUCAGUGGUGGGAUGUCCCGCGCCAGCUACGGAGACCGCCAUUGUCUGACAGUGACGCAGGGGGACACUCAAGUUGCUCUAGACUUCACGUCCCGCAUCAUCGACUUCUUCACUGUUCACCACACAGAAGAUGGAGACAGGUUCGAUGACCCGACUGCUUUGGUGGUCCUGCUAGAGGAAGAGUUGAUUGCAUUUGACCUCCAGACCACUGGGUGGCCCGUGAUCCCAUCACCAUACCUCGCUUCACUGCAUUCUUCUGCCAUCACCUGCUCUUACCACGUGUCUAACGUGCCGCGUGAGCUGUGGCAGAGGGUGGCUGCCGCCGGCCGGCUCCAGUCUCCAUCGCAGACCGCCGCAAAAUGGCCAAUCAGCGGAGGGAACAGCUUCGCCUCUGCACCGAAGCAGAAAGACCUGCUGCUCACAGGUCAUGAGGAUGGCACUGUGCGUUUCUGGGAUGCCUCGGGGAUGUCUCUCACCCCCCUGUACAAACUGAGCACCGCCAGCGUCUUCCAGACAGACGGUGACCAUAGCAACAGCUCGGCUCAGGAGGAGGAGUGGCCCCCCUUCAGGAAGGUUGGGUUGUUUGAUCCAUACAGCGAUGACCCCAGACUUGGUGUGCAGAAGAUCUCUCUAUGUAAAUAUAGCGGCAGGCUUGUUCUGGCUGGUACAGCGGGGCAGGUCCUGGUCAUGUGCCUGAAUGAGGAGUGGUCUGAUCAUGUGAUCAGCAGUUCUGUCAUAGACCUGCUUCAAGACAGGAAGGGUUUUACCUGGAAGGGUCAUGACCAGCUCGACCCAAAGGCUGGCCGAAUCCGCUUCAUGCCUGGCUUCCAGCCUGUGGUUCUGGUGCAGUGCAUCCCGCCAGCAUCCAUCACAACGGUAGCUCUGCACGCAGAGUGGAACCUGGUCGCCUUUGGCACAAGCCAUGGUUUUGGCCUAUUCGACUACCAUUUUCGUUGCCCCGUUCUGGCGAGGUGCACAUUGCAUCCCAUGGACACCAUAGCGAUGGAGGGACCACUGUCCCGCAUCAAGUCCCUCAAGAAGUCCCUGCACCAGUCUUUCCGGAGGAUCCGUAAGAGCCGCCUCUGUGGGCAGAGUCGGCUGCUUGUCCAGGGUCUGGCUGGCAAGGAAUCUAGCAAACAGCUGGGAGAGCAAGGGGACUCGCGUGAUGCGGACGUGGCUCCGGUACAGCGGCGGAUUGAGGCCCGUUCCGCUGAGGACUCUCUCUCCGGUGUGGUGCGAUGCCUGUGCUUCGCGGACACCUACCUGAGAGACGCGGCUCAGCACGGACCUACGCUGUGGGCAGGCACAAACGCAGGCUGCGUCUUCGCCUACGCCUUGAAGGUACCCCUGCGGUCCGGCUCCUGGGGCGGGGCUGUGGAAGCCAUCCUGAGCAAAGAGAUCCAGCUGACGCACCGGGCCCCUGUUGUGGGCGUGGCCGUGCUGGACGGGCAGGGCAACCCACUGCCGGAGCCCUACCAGGCUUCGUGGGAUCUGGCCACAUCCCUUGAUGUGCAGGCCAGCCACUCUGUCCUCAUUGCCUCUGAAGAACAGAUAAAGGUGUUCUCCCUCCCCAAGAUAACGAUGAAGGCCAAGCUGAAGCUGACGGCGAAUGAGGGCUGCCGCAUCCGCAAGGUGGCACUAGUGAGCCUGGCCGGGAGCCAUGCCCUGCUGUGCCUCACCAACCUGGGCGACGUGCAGGCCUUCAGCGUGCCCGGGCUACGCCCCCAGGGCCGAGAGAACUGCAUCCACAGGGAGGAUGUUAGUGGCAUGGCCUCCUGCGUGUUCACCAAGACCGGCCAGGGUUUCUACCUAAUUUCCCCAUCUGAGUUUGAGCGGUUCUCCCUGUCGAAAUGCCAAGUUUCCUCCUCGCUCUGUUCUGUGGAGGUGCAGCGGAACAGCCAGACCGCUGUGCCAAGCACGCCACCCUGGCGGAGUGGGACACCCUCAGCCUCGUCCACUGGGGGACCCCCCUCUUUGGGAGGACAGGAUGGGGUCCGAAUCUCCCCUGGCUUCAGCUGUGGUGACAUCGUGAUGGACACCACCGGGGACCUCACAGUUGAGGACGUCAAAGACUUCUUGGCGUCGGUAGAUGAAAUGGAGAACAACUUGAGGAACAGGUCUACAAAUGACUGGCAUUCGGCUGGAAUCCUCAUCAACGGAACCGUGUGGAAUGUUCUGUGAAGACAUCUGCCUGACAGCAGGUCUUGCUGAGUGAUGGAAGGAGCUUGUCACCCCCAAAAGCCCGAGGAAGAUAGUCACAAACAGGCAGUAUUUAUUUCCAUGCUUAGCAUUUAUUUGGGUGAGUGGUCCAGUGGAAAUGCCCUGCCUCUCUCAGCACCUCCAUCCAAUUAUCUGGCUUCCAGGGCUCAUUCAUGAGCCAAUCGGAACGGAGGAUUCUCUGGAACCAGGGGAAUAUUGUUGUACUGUGGCACUUAAACUGUAAAGGUUUGUCAUGCUGACAUUGAUUUGCUUUUAAACAUAUUUUUCUUUUUCUAUGUUGUGAAAUUACAAGCUAAUAACCAGUUUUUAAUAAAUAUUAAUAGUAUCCCA